AUGAGAACCAAUUAUGGCAUAUUAAUAUAUAUACUAAUUUUUAUAUAUAAAAAUAUUUCGUGUAAUAUUAUUUAUAAGCGUGAAAUAUCAAAUGUCAAUGAUAAUUAUAUUCCUAAUGAUAAAUUGUCACCAGAUAAUUUUUCUUAUUUCUUUGAAGACAACAUAUUUUUAAAAGGUAUAUUAACAAUGAUUGAAAAUGUUAACAAUUUGUUUAUCAAAGAAAAGGAAAAUUUAUAUAAUAAUAAUAAUAAAAUUAAUAGAAAAAAUAAUGAAAAACCUCAAGUACAAGAUGCAAAAACAGAAAUAUUUAAUGAACCAAUACAUAUUAAAAGUUCAAAUAAGGAAGAUAUGAUUGAAAAUUAUAAAAAAAUUUUUAAUAAAAAAAAGGAAAAAAAUGAUGAAAAUAUAAAUAAUAAGGAUAGGGCAGAUUUUUCAAUGAGUAUAGAUGAGGUACCAGAAACAAAAGAAGAGACAAUCAAUAAAAAUGAAGAUUUAAGUUAUUUAGUUAGUAAAGAACAUUGGGAAAAACUUUUAUUUGGUUCAUCAGGAUUAUUUACUGGAAUAAUGAAACAAUUUAAAGAGAUAAGAAAACAAGAAUUAGCUAAAGCUCGUAGUGCAAAUACUCAUUCAGCAUCAGAUACAACAAAUACCCAAGUUGGUUCACAAAAAGAUCCUUUUACUAAAAUUGUAGAAGCAAUUUUUACUGCUCCAAGAGAUAAAGAAUUUAAUGAACCAUUACCAGAGUUACCUUUGAUUGGUGUUUGUAAUCGUUUAAAUUGUGGUCAAAUAUAUAAUGCAAUUGAUUCUUUUAGAAAAAGUGAAAUGUUUUCAAAUUUACAGACGGCUGUUUCAUUGAUGGGUGAUGAGAAAGGACUAGAUAUGUUGACUGAAUUUAUGUCAAAUCCACAAUUACUCUCACAGUUUACCUCUGGUGGUGGUGAAACUUUAAAUAAAAUGUUUGGAUUAGGUGGUGUUACUUCUACUGGUAAAACAGAUAAUAAAAAUAUAAAAGAAGAUGAAUUAGGAACAGAUUUAAGUGAAUUAAUUGAUGUAAAUGGAAAAGAAAUAAAAAUAAAUAAACAGGAUAAAACAGGGCUACCAGAGAUAGCUGAAAACAUUGAUUAUUAUUCUAAUGUUGAUAAAGAAGAUGAAGAAAUUGAUGGUCCAAUUACUGUAACAAAAGAAGAAACUAUUGGUAAACCAGGUAAAGAAAAAAAAAAUGAAUCAUCUAAAAAUGUUGAUUACUAUGAAGAGAUUGAUUUAGGUGAAGGUAAUGAAGAGAAAACAACUAUAAUUUUACCAUCUACUACUAGUGAGUCACCGUUAACUACCAGUUCUAAAUUAAUAAAAUCAAGUAUAUCUAAUAAUAAAAUACUACCAAAUAAAUCAAAAAUUGAUGUAUCUGAGUUACCUGAAAUAAGUGAAAAUAUUGAUGAGUAUGGAGAAACUUUUGAAAAGGUUGAAAAUGUUGGUAUUAGCAAUAAAAUGACAAAUAAUACAUUAAAAAAUACUACAACUUUAAUUUUAACUACUCAAAAAAUACCAUUAACAACAAAAUCAAAUACUACUAAUAAAUUAAAACCAUUAAUCAGACAACAAAAUAAGAGAUCAUCACCAAAACCUAUGCCAGAAAGGAGGAAAAAAAUAAGUACACAAAAAACUACUAGAAUAUCAACAAGUACUAUUCCUGCAACAACUAGAAGAAAUUUUAGAAAAGAUUCUGACUAUUAUUCUAUGUAUUAUGAUGAUAGAAAUUAA